AUGCUUUUAGCUGUCAUUUUUCUCUGUCAUCAUUUCUGUACCUUUGAGGUGGUUUAUCUCUCAUCCCCUGUCGUUAGGAAAAACAUUAUGGUGGGAAGGUUUUCUGUCUUUACUAACGCCUCUAUACAUCUUUUCUUUUUCGUGUUUUUUUUUUAUUCUACCGUCUCUUUUCUCUAUCAUUUCUCAUCCUCUGUCGUUACAACAUUCUCUCUUUUUCUGUCUUUACUAACGCCUCUAUACACUUUUCUUCGUCCUUUUUUUUUAUUCACUCUUUCCUACUCUACGGCUUGUCUUAUAUUCACUCUCUUCUUCACAUUUCUUCUUACUUUUUCUACUUCACAUUUUCUUUGUCUCUUUUUUUCCACUUUUCCUUACUCCUAUCUUAUCUUUUCCGUCUGUCUGUCUCUCUCUAUCUAUCUCUUUCCCCAUCUAUCAGUCACUUUUUCCUUACUCCUAUCUCAUCUUUUUUGUCUGUCUCUUCAAUCACUCUUUCUCUUUCGCUUUCUCUCUCCCCCUAUCUAUCUAUCUAUCUAUCAUCCAGUUUUCCCUUGUCCAAAUUUGUCUUUCAUUCAUUCUCUCUUCGCCCCGAGCCUCUCUUACAUUCACUCUCUUCUUCACAUAUCUUCUUUCUUUCCCGUCCGUCCAUUUUUUUCCCCGCCCAGCCUUUCUUUACUCUCUCGCGCUCUCUUUCCCUCACUCACUUUGCCUUUCUCUCUUUCCCUUAUUCACUUUGUCUCUCUCUCUCUCUCUCUCUCUCUCGUUUUUCCUUAUUCACUUUGUCUCUCUCUCGUUUUUCCUUAUUCACUUUGUCUCUCUCUCUCUUUUCCAAGUUCACUUUGUCGCUCUCCCCUUCCCAUACUCACUUUAUCUCUCUCUUUCCUUCCCUCACACACUUUUCUCUCUCUCUCUCUCUCUCUCUUCCUAAUUCACUCUGACUCACCUGUUUUCUCACUCUCAUUGAAUCUUUCUUUCUCUCACACUGUCUCAUGUUGUCUCUCUCUCCUCCUCACACGCCAACUCUCUCUCUCUCUCUCUCUCUCUCUCUCUCCAAUAAACGUCUGUUUGCCAACUCUCUUUUUGUAUAGUACUCGUUACGACGAAUUCACUUUCUUUCUUAUAUGCCCCCACUCUAUUUUGUUAAGUAAUGAUUAUUAUUUCUCUCUCUCUCUCUCUCUCUCUCUCUUCCUUUCUAAUUCUCCCUGUUUGCCUCUUACUCUUAAGUUAACAACUUAA